AUGAAAGAAGUAUUGCCUAAGCAGAACUGGCGCAAAGAUAUUGUUAAUAUAAAUUUACUAUUAGUUUUGUAUAUACUUCAAGGUAUUACGAUCGGUAUCGCUAGCUGUAUCCCAUUAUUAUUAGCUCUCUAUGGUAGUCCAUGGAAAGAAUUGGGUACAUUUAGUUUUAGUUUUUGGCCCUUCAGUCUAAAACUAUUAUGGGCGCCGUUCAUUGAUUCAGUUUUUAUAAAAAAAUUUGGACGACGAAAAACAUGGAUUAUACCUCUUCAGUUACUAACUGGUUUAGCAAUGAUUCUAUUGUCAUUUUAUAUUUCAUUUUUAUUAACAGAAAGAAAAAUUUAUAUAUUAACUAUCAUUUUUUUUGCGUUGUGUUUUCUUACCUCUGCUCAAGAUGUUGCUGUCGACGGUUGGGCUCUAACUCUACUGUCAAAAGAAAAUGUUGGCUGGGCUGGCAUAUGUAAUAUGGGUGGAUUGUCAUUUGGCAGAUUAUUUGCGUUUUGUUUAGUGUUGACAUUAGGAUCAACAGAAUUUAGUAAUAAAUAUAUUCGUCGAUUUUUAUCGUUGAAAGAACAUCCGUAUGAAUUAGUUAGUUUUUCUAAAUUUUUACUGUUUUGCGGUAGUGUAUUUCUUCUCGUUACUGCGUUAAUUAUUUUGUGUAAACGAGAACAACUGCAGCAAGAUACAGAAAAUGCUAAAAUCGAUGGGCUUUAUGAUACCUAUUCAGAUGUAUUUAAAUUAUUUAAAAAAUCUUGUGUACGUCAGUUGGCACUGAUUUCGCUCACGUAUACAAUGGGAUUUGCGGCUACUUUUUCAAUGACGAAUUUAACAUUGGUUAAAAACGGUGUUAGAACACAAACUAUAGGCCUUAUGGAUAUACCUUUAGCUCUAAUUAAAGUUUGUGUAACAUUUAGCACUACUCGCUGUAUGGCUGGUUCGAAACCAGUAACUGUACUUCUAUUCUGCUACAUUCCACGUAUAUUUACAGGCUUGCUCGUUCUGUUAUUUGUUCAUUUAACACCGCAAUUUUCACAACCAUUCCAAUGGUAUUAUUAUUUAAUAUUAGUAAGUGUAUUAGCUUUAAAUGAAAUAUUUCAUUAUUCAAUGAUGGUAGCACUGAUUGCAUUUUUUGCCCAAAUUAGUGAUCCGAAAAUUGGUGGCACUUAUAUGACAUUAUUAAAUACAGUUAACAAUCUAGGUCUUAAUCUAUCAUCAACAAUUACUUUGUUUGUCGC